UCGUUUUUAAAACCCGCAUAAAUCGGCUGCUGAAUUCGAUAGUUAAAGUCCAAGCGGUAGACGUUUUGGAUUAGUUUAGUGCCGCCAUUAAGAGCCUGCUAGCUGUGUGGUUUUUGGUGUAAAAUUUAGUCAGUUUCGAUACAAUGAAAUUGUUGAUUACCUUCUUCGCCUGCAUCGCGCUGACAUGUGCCGCUCCCGAAUUCUACGGUAGCCAUGGGUAUGCUAGCCACGGGUACGCCGAUCACGGCUUUGCCGACCACGGCUAUGCCGACCAUGGUUACUCGUAUGCUUACGCUCCAGCUGCUCCAGUGGUGAAAUAUGCCGCUGCCCCUGCUCCGGUGGUACAGGUGGUGCACGCUGCUCCGGCCAUCCACGCAGUAGCAGCACCGGCACCGACCAUCGUCAAGGCAGCAGUCCCAGCGGCAACAAGCUACGCAACCAUCCAUCAGGUGCACGCCCCAGUAGUACACGCUGCUCCGGCCGUUGUCAAGUAUGCCGCACCCGCACCGGUUGUCUCGUACGUGCAGGCUCCGGCUCCGGUGGUGAAGUAUGCUGCCGCUCCUGCCUACGUGCAUGCUGCUCCCGCACCGUACGUCAAGUACGGAGGAUUCCACGGGUGGUAGUGACCGUACCGUGACUUGUGGAGGCUGCUGCUAAACAUAUCAUAAUGAAAGAGACCACUUACCACAGAACCGCCAGUGCUCAAACUACAGAUCCUUCGCUAUUUUAGUGUAACAGUAGGGUAGAAGAAAUGGGACUGUAAACCACUUUACUCUCAUUGUUUAUUGUUAUUAUUCAUACAGUUUGACAAGCUAUCUCGAGUCGGAAGAAGUAUAACUGUCGUCGACUAUGUGAUUUGUUGCUGAAGAGAAAUGUUCUGCUGGAAGAAAUAAAAUGCAUAGUCAAACGAAAA